AUGCCGGUGACUUGUAUUACAGUGAGGUUCAGUUUAUUAAGCUGUUUCGGGUAUCAAAAAUUAACAACAUUUCAAUGUUUUCAUUGUAGUUUUUCUGAAAAAUAUAAUUUCCCAGGAGUCAUAGGAUGCAUUGAUUGCACUCAUGUAGCCAUUUUUUCCCCAAAAAUUGAUGAAUAUGUUUUUGUCAAUAGGAAAGGAUAUCAUUCCAUUAAUGUUCAAUUAAUAUGUGGGGCAAAUCUAGAAAUUUUAAAUGUUAUUGCCAAGUAUCCUGGCAGUUCACAUGAUUCAUUUAUAUGGAAUAACAGUGAUAUUCAGAAUGCACUUAGAAAUAUCCAUCAGGCUGGAAUGAAUGGAUAUUAUUUAUUAGGUGAUUCUGGAUACCCCUUAAGGCCUUGGCUUAUGACUCCUUUGGAACAUGAACCUGCUAUGAAUACUCCAGAAUAUCACUAUAGUAAAGCCCAUAAGAGGGUUCGUAGCAUUAUAGAAAGAUGUAAUGGAUUAUUUAAAGCAAGGUUUAGAUGUUGUCGGAAGGAUCGAGUUCUUCAUUAUGCACCUGAAAUGUCAUGCAAAAUUAUAAAUGCAUGUGUUGUUUUACACAAUAUUUGUAUUAAAAAUAAUUUGAUUUUGCCAGAAGAUGAAAAUGAAGAUGAUCAUGCGGAUGAUGGCUUAUUUGACAAUUUAUUAGAAAUAGGAGGAAUAAAUCCUGAAUUGGUAGCUGGUAAAGCAACCCGUAACCGCUUAAUCACAGCUAGAUUUCAAACAAAUUAAAGAGCAUCGAUGGGUCAAGUGUAUUGAACUAAAAGGUAAAAUAAAAAAGUUUAUAAGAAACUUGAAUUUUCAGUUGCACCCCAAGGAUUUCACAAAAAUUAAAUGUAAAUAAAAUAAUAAACUAUGCUUGUGUAACAAAAUUUAAUCAAUAAAAUAAAAUAAAAGAAAAUUCUGAAAAUAAAUUUUAACAAAAAUAAUAACAAAAACAAAUAAUUAGUGAGAAUCUGCUAAUUUGUUUAUAGCUUCCGCCAUAUGCUCUAAAGCAACUGCAGUUUGCGUCAAGGCCUGUGCAUUUGCUGCUGAUGACGAAUUUAAGGCACUCACAAUAUUGCCCAGAGCCUCCAUCUUCUCUCUAUGGUGCCUUUCCUUCAUCUCAAGUUUUUUUUUAAAUACUUUGCAUGCUUUUCAUAAGCAUUAUAUGUUUUUUGCCUCCUUGUACGUUGCCCGGGCUGGCGCGGCACGUCCGAAGCUGAUAAAGGCUCCGGCACGUCCGGAGCUGACGAAGGUCCCGGCACGUCCGGAGCUGACGAAGGUCCCGGCACGUCCGGAGCUGACGAAGGCCCAGGCACGUCCGGAGCUGACGAAGGCCCUGGUACGUCCCAAGCUGACGAAGGCCCCGGUCCGACGUACCCGGAGAAAAUUCAAAUUUGACAACAGGUACGGGGACAUUUGUAACUCCUUCCACAGAUGAGAGUUUAAUGAGGCAGGCAAUGUAUGCCUCAAUCCGGCUAAGGCCGCAAAUUUUUG